UCUGCCCUCUCAAAAACCUCAAAAUUAGAGAGCUUUCAUUUUGUAAGAAACACAAAAGCUGAGAAAGAGAGAAUUUUUGCUCGUAGUUUUGAUCCUAGGAGUGACUCGUGUCUGAUAUCGACAUGGAUGCUGGUGGAGGUUCUUCUUCUGCUUCUUCUACUUCGGAGAAAUAUGAUGUUUGUCUGAGUUUUAGAGGUGAAGAUACGCGCAAUACUUUCACAAGCCAUCUUUACGCUGCUUUAGAGCGAAAGAAAAUCAAGACCUACAUAGAUGAGGAAAGUCUUGAGAGAGGAGACAAAAUCUCACCUGCACUUCUUGAAGCUAUCCGGAUCUCAAAGAUUUCGGUUAUAGUUUUCUCAAAAGAUUAUGCUUCAUCAUCAUGGUGCUUAAGUGAGCUUGUGCAUAUACUUGAAAGCCACCGAGAAAAUAAACAUAUGGUUAUACCCAUUUUCUACGACGUAGAUCCCUCCCAUAUACGAAAACAAGAAGGAAGUUAUGGAAAGGCAUUUCUAAAACAUGAAGAACGCUUUAAAGAUAACAUGGAGAUAGUGCAGAAGUGGAGAGUUGCUUUAAUGGAGUCGGCCAAUCUUUCAGGUUGGGAUUCUCGAAACACCAG